AUGUCCCGCGCCUCCAAGCUCACGCUGGCGGCCACGUCGCUCUUCGCGGCCGGCACGGUUGUCCUCGUCCACUUCCAGCAAAAGUUUGAGAAGGAUGCCAUGCACGAGGGUGUAGUCCGAGAUAUGGAACAACAGAGAGUCAAGCGCGAGCGACAGCUGGACUUUGAUAUGCAGAGGCAGCUGGAGGAGGAAUAUAAGCGAGAGCAGACAGUGCAUGACUCGAUAGCAGCGGCAGAAAAGGGUUUACCGAAUCGAUAA